GGCCAGUAUUUAUAGAAGAUCCCCCCCAGUGGAUACCCCUAAUCCUGCCUCACCCGUUCUCAUCCCUGCCGCAUCUCUGUGCCCAGACCGCUCGCUCUCUGCAGCCCCCAGCUUCAGCCUCAUCCUCGCCCCAUAUUAACUGAGCUAAGAAAAGCAAACAACAAUGUCCACCAGCGAGCGUUUUGACUGCCAUUACUGCAAAGACUCCCUGCUGGGGAAGAAGUACAUAAUGAAAGAGGACACUCAGUACUGCACUAAGUGCUAUGAGAACCUGUUUGCUAACUGCUGUGAGAGCUGCUCUUUACCAAUUGGCUGUAACUGCAAGGACUUGUCUUACAAGGAUCGCCACUGGCACGAGCAGUGUUUCAAGUGUGCAAAGUGCAGCCGCUCUCUGGUGGAAAAGGCUUUUGCCGCCAAGGAUGAUUUGUUGCUCUGCACUGAAUGCUACGCCCAUGAUUAUUCCUCCAAGUGCACCACUUGCAAGAAAACCGUCAUGCCAGGUUCCCGCAAAAUGGAAUACAAGGGGAACAGCUGGCAUGAGACCUGCUUCCUGUGCCACCGCUGCCAGCAGCCAAUAGGAACCAAGUCCUUUAUCCCAAAAGACACUGGUUACUUCUGUGUGGCCUGCUUCGAGAAGCAGUUUGCCUACCAGUGCUGUGCUUGUAAGAAGGCCAUCACAACAGGUGGAGUGACCUACCAAGACAAGCCCUGGCACCGCGAGUGUUUCCUGUGCAUUGGCUGCAGAAAGCAGCUGUCAGGUCAGCGCUUCACCUCCAGGGAAAACUACCCUUACUGCCUCGAAUGCUUCAGCAACCUGUAUGCAAAGAAGUGCGUGGGUUGCACCAAGCCCAUCACCAGUCUGGCAGGGGCCAAGUACAUCUCUUUUGAGGAGCGCCAGUGGCACAGCGAGUGUUUCACUUGCACGCAGUGCUCUGUGUCACUGGUGGGCCGCGGCUUCCUCACCCAGCGCGACAACAUCCUGUGCACCGACUGCGGCAGGGAGAAGUGACUUUCCAUGAAGGGGUCACAGUAACAACAAGAGCUCAUAUUCUGAUACAGAUUUUGUGUAUCCAUGAAUGUUUCUUUUUAGCAUGCCUGGUAUAAACAAACUCUGAGUGUCAAAUGCUUAUUUUGGUGUUAUAAAUGACCAUUAGUUCUCUCACAUUGCCCACACACACACAAAAACUGUGAUGUUCCCAUAAAGACAAACAUGUAUCUUUAAAGUUAGGGUGCCAUUGUUCCGUUGUUGGUGACUCUUUGUUUCUUGAAAUGAAAAAUUCAUGUUUUUUUCCUCACAUACUUUCAUUUUUGAAAAGGAUAAAAUUAUGUUGAAAACUUAUUAGAGCUGAUGGUGACUGGUCAAUUAAUGGAUUAGUCAACUGACAGAAAAUUAAUUCUAUUUUGAUUAUCGAUUAAUCAUUUCUGUCAUGUUUCAAACAAAAACAUUUACUGGUUCCAGCUUCUUAGGAGUUAGGAUUUGAUUUUUUAAAAUCUUAUAUGACAGUAAACUGAAUAUCUUUGGAUAUUAGACUGUUGGUCUGAUAAAAUAAGCAUUUUAAAGAUGUUAUUUUGGAAAUUCUAGUGUUCGAGUAUUUUCCAUUAUUUUCUUACAUAUUAUGGACAAAAAGAUUAAUUGAUUAAUCAAGAAAAUAAUCAGCAGUUUAAUUGACGAUGAAAAUAAUCGUUAGUUGCAGCCCCAAAACAUAUUUCCCUUUAUAAAGGUCUGAUUUUCAUUACUCAUAUAUUUCUGCUGUAUGCUUAGUAAACAUUGGUUAUGAAUGCCUAGAUAAAAAAUGUAUUCACACUGAGGAAACAAAGAAUGAUGCAUGAUUUAUGAUUCGCUCAUGUGAAAUUCUUCACACACUAAAGGUUGUUCCAAUAAAGACCUUUCUAUGUAUGUGACGCUGAAAUGGA